UGUCCAACCUCGCGUCUGGAGAGAUUGUGGUUUGGUCCUGAUGAUUUGGGUCUCUUGUGGUUGGGUGGGCUUCCCCGCUCAUUCUCUCACAGGGAUGAGGACAGUGACGUGGAAGCGAUACAUUACUGCUUCCAUCCUCUGGAAAUAACGGGGAUCGUCAGGACACGCUCGUGGAUGAAUAUUGUUACUACCAUCAUGACAUUCUGCAAUAACAGCUGGUGUCUGGACACAUCUAUCGAAAUUCCGGAUAUUUGAGUGGGGCACACCAUGGACAUAGUGGAGUUAUCUGUCUCUCUCCUUUUAAUACUGAUAGUUAUUGUAUCAUUGCUGUCCAACGUGCUGGUUCUAAUCUGCUUUCUCUACAGCCCGGAAAUUCGAAAGCAAACGCCGGGUCUUUUUAUCCUCAACCUGACCUUCUGCAACUUGUUGCUAACGGUGUCCAACAUGCCACUGACUUUAGUUGGGCUUAUCAACAAGGGAAACCCCGGCGGUGAAGGGUUCUGUCACAUCGUUGGCUUUUUGGACACCUUCUUGACGACGAAUUCGAUGCUGAGCAUGGCAGCUCUGAGUAUCGACAGGUGGAUUGCUGUGGUUUUCCCACUGAGUUACAGCUCAAAAAUGCGCCACAGAGAUGCUGCUAUCCUGCUGGGUUACUCCUGGGCACAUUCCGUAUCCUUCUCAACAGCAGCCGCUUGUCUCUCGUGGGUGGGAUACCAUCCGCUUUAUGCGUCCUGUACUCUCCGCGAUGCGAGGGCAAACAGCGUCCGGAUCCAGUUCGUUAUCUUUACUGUGGUUUUCCACUCGCUCACCUUCCUUUUGACCUUAGUAGUUCUGUGCAUCACUUACCUUAAAGUGCUUAAAGUGGCGCGGUUUCACUGUAAACGGAUUGAUGUUAUUACAAUGCAGACCUUAGUGCUUCUCGUGGACAUUCACCCGAGCGUUCGGCAGCGAUGCCUGGAGGAGCAGAAGAGGCGGAGACAGAGAGCUACCAGGAAGAUCAGCACCUUCAUCGGCACAUUUGUAAUCUGCUUCGCGCCCUACGUCAUAACGAGCAUCCUGGAGCUCUUUCCAGCAGUGCCAAUCAACCCCCACUGGGGAGUGGUCUCCAAGUGCCUGGCCUAUAGCAAGGCGGCCUGCGACCCUUUCGUGUACUCGCUCCUGCGGCACCAAUACAGGAAGACCCUCACGGUCAUCGUCAACCGGCUGCUGAAGAGGAGCGCUCUCAACGCGUCCGGGCGGAGGGGCGGGGAGAACGGGCACGGCCGCACCGUAGCCGCAGCAACGGCAGACUGACAGCGUUUGAUUUGAGAAGGGGAGGGUCGGGGGGGGGGGGGGGGAGCUGUCAU